CCCCGAGACCUACUGUGCGUCUCACAGCGAGUGUUCAAGCUUUUAUACUGCGUGACGUGGAACAAGAGGGAGGAACUGGUUGUGUGCGUGUGUCAAAUACUGUCCCGACAGUCGUGUGGCUAUAAGACGAAAUAUCUUCUCUCAGCAGCUCGAAGAGCCCCAGGUGGAGGGACAAGGAUGGCCCGAAUAUCGCUGGACUGUGCAAACUCUUUACCGGGAAUCCCACUCAGUGUUCUCUCAGUGCCCAUGGAGAAUAAAUACAAAUGUCAGCAGUGUCUCCAGGUCCUGAGGAAGCCCGUUCAGGCUCAGUGCGGCCAUCGCUUCUGUGUACACUGCUUCAAGCAGCUCACCAGUUCUGGGCCAAAGCCUUGUGAGGCCUGCCGCCAGGAGGAAAUAUAUGAGGAGCCUAUGUCCAUCCUGCAUAGUAAUGAGGCCUUUCCAGACAAUGCAGCAGGUCGAGAAAUUGCCAGUCUUCCAGCCAGGUGUUUGAACCAAGGCUGCAAUUGGACGGGCUCUAUAAAAGAGUAUGAGGCUCAGCAUGAAGGCCAAUGCGAAUUUGAUCGAGUUCAGUGCGAGGCCUGCAACACCUCGAUCCUGCUCUCGGACAAGUCCCGCCAUAAUGAGAGAGAAUGUGAGGCCAGAACUCUCAACUGUAAAUACUGCAAGAUGACUUUCAACUUUAAAGAAAUCAAGGCCCAUGAUGAAAUCUGCCUGAAGUUCCCAUUACAAUGUAAAGACUGUGGCAAGAAAAAGAUCCCAAGAGAAAAGUUCAUUGACCACAGCCGAAUCUGUGCCAAGUCCAAGAGUGCCUGUCCAUUCAGUGAAGUGGGCUGCAAAUUCGUGCUGGACAACGGGAAGCUCAGUGACCAUGAGCACAGCAGCACCAUGGAGCACUUGCGUCUGCUGCUGCCCAUGGUGAUGUCAGUGGGUCGGGUACGUGCCGAGGCUUCAGGUCCCGGCGAGUGGCAGGAGGACUCUGGUCUGGGCCUGUACAGGGCUCCUGAGGAGGGAGUCAGUAUGGACACUGGCGCUGCAGCCUCCCCACAGUCGGUGGACGUGGAAAAGAAGGUGAUUGCUUUAGAAAACAUAGUGUGUGUCUUGAACCGUGAAGUGGAGCGCAGCACUGUGACAUUGGAAGCUUUCUCGCAUCAACAUCGCUUAGACCAGGAAAAGAUUGAGGAUCUGUCAAACAAAGUACGACAGCUGGAGAGGACGCUGAAUAUGAGAGACUUGCAGCUGUCGGAGACCGAACACCUGCUGCGAGAACUCCAGUUCUGCACCUACGAUGGGAUAUUUGUCUGGAAAGUCUCCGACUUCGCGCGCCGCAGACAGGACGCUGUUGGUGGGCGGACUCCUGCAAUGUUCUCACCUGCGUUCUACUCCAGCAAGUACGGCUACAAAAUGUGUCUGAGGCUGUAUCUGAACGGCGAUGGAACGGGACGGGGAACGCACCUUUCGCUGUUCUUUGUGGUCAUGAGGGGCCGGUAUGACGCUCUGAUGAAAUGGCCGUUCAGUCAGAAGGUGACUCUAAUGCUCUUGGAUCAGAAUAACAGGGAGCACAUUAUCGACGCUUUCCGCCCUGAUGUCACCUCCACAUCCUUCCAGCGGCCGAUCAGUGAGAUGAACAUCGCCAGUGGCUGCCCGUUGUUCUGCCCACUGGCUAAAUUGGCCGGCAAGAGCCCCUAUUUGAGAGAUGACACAAUUUUCAUCAAAGCCAUAGUCGACCUCACAGGCUUAUAGAUUUCCGGCUGUGGAAGCUGCACUUAAGUGUCAUGAAGACGUCUAAAAUGAAUUAUAAUGCUAAUAAUAAUAUCACAUACUAAUAUGCAUCAUACUAUAUUAAGUAUGUGACCAUAACAUUACAUGAUCUAUAGAUAUAUAGAAUCCUAUAAUUGAUGCUUUUGAAAGAAAGUCAUGUUAUGAUGGAGACAGUAUAACCCCCACAUUAUGGAGGUUGAUCUGUUGUGUUAUUAGAAUAUAUAUAUCAAUGCAUUCUGUUAGUGUGUAAAGCUUUCAGCAGGCUUUAUGAAGAACAACACUAAAGCUCUUGGGUCUCAUUUAUAAAACAGUUCAUACUAAAAGUGUACAUUCGCACAAAAGCAGGAAAUGGCUUUUCGCAAAAGAAAAUUCAAAUUCAUAAAACCGUGCACACGCACACCUCAACGCAACGUGCACUUUGUUGAGUGAUUGUUAGUGAGCUGGAGGUGAAGAGCGGUUUUAUGGGGUAAGAGUGAUGUGAUUAUAAAGCAGAUACAAUUUUAUUAUAGAUUUACAAACGUCACAAAAGUGAAAUAAUCAAUUUUGGAAAGUUUAUCAUGCACAAUUACGUCAGGAAAGUACUGAAUACACAAACAACAAAAAGCAAACUGCCACUGUUUCCACUGCUCUUCAACAGGGGGGGGGGACACCUCUACAUGUUUGAUAAUUCUCAAGACCGGUAAACAAUGUUCAAUUGCUAUGGCAUCUGGGUUAAAAAUUAUUCGUUAACUACAAGUAAUUGAGCAGGUCUUACCUUUUGGAAAACGGCAGUCCCUGAAAAGUGUGGCAGAUCCUGCUUGAUGUCCAUGUGCCUCAGAAUUCCUUUGGGGCGGAAGUGUAACAUGAUUAAAACCUAAGACCUCCCAAUUAGUACAAUUUAUCAAUUUUCUGGAACUUUAGACUUUCCUAAAAAAAAUGCAAUUAAAUUCUACUAAGUGUUUCAAAACAAUAUUAUUAUGUAAAGGUUACUAUUAUUUCAAUAUUUAUCCUUGUUCUUUUUACAGUGUAAAAGAUUUAUCAGAAUUAGGAUUAUAUGCUUGUGUUUGUACUGGGAGGAUUCGAUCUGUGUGGUACUCAGCACAAAGAUCGCAGAUCUAUAGAAUCUAUAUCAGCUGAUCAUCAGCAUCACGUACCCAAUGGUGAGAAAUGAGACCCCUGGGCUUUAGUUACAUUAACAGCUGCUGAGUUCAAUAGUUCUGUAAUUAUAAAAACUUACAGGCUCUAAAUAAAUCUAGUAAAAAAUAUUAUUUUAUACAUAUUUAUAUAUAUAUAUAUAUAUAUGCUGUCAGGAAUUCCUCACUGCAUUUAGAUACAAGGUUUUUUGAAUACAGUUAAAUUCUGCAACUUUGAGUGUUUUUGUGUCAGGUAAAUGGAAUAAGCCUCUAUUUAUCACGUGUGGGUAACGUAUCAAUUAUCACUUAUCUCUAGUCUCUUAGUGUUACACUGAAUAUAACCUUUACUUUUAUUACACAUGUUUUGUCUUAUGAGUAGAUGCUGGUUGACUAAACGUUACAAAGUAACUCUAAAGCAAACAGUUAUCCCUUAAAUAUAUUCUAAGUGAAUUAAAGAAAUAAACUAGAAUGGCACUCGGAGCGCAAACCUCCACCAAGGAUCCUAUCUCACUAUUUUACAGAAAGAGGAAGAAUUCAUUGAGAUUUUGUCCCAAAAAUAUGUACCAUCUUGCAAUUUCCAGUAUUUGCGUAAUCCUGCUAACAAACAAAUAACAAGUUCAAACCUGGAGUCUAAUCUUUUGUAAAUAGCAGUUUUCCAAUAUAAAAAAGACUAUUAUACUUUAUACUUUAACUCAGUUAUUUUAAACUCAGCUGUACUAGUAACCAUACGUCUUGAUCACUCAUAGUGAUGAUAUAUUUAUAUAAUAUUCACAAGUAUAUUCUAAACUAUAUACGAGUUCUCUUUGUUCUAUUUCUGUUUUCAUGUAUUUCUGGUUAAACAUUCAUAGAAUGUAAAUUUAUCACCUGACGUGUGUAAAGUGUAAAGAAAAAGAUUUCUAGCAACAAAUUGUGGGAUUGUAUUAACAUGAUGUAGAUUAAAAUGAGUUCUAUGUCUUUAGAAAAUGUAUUUUUACUAUUUCAUCACACAUUAUAGAUCCAAGAAAAUAAUCAGCCGACUGAUAAAACUCAAGUCCUCGACGCAGCCCUACUCGACUCAAACACAUUGUGUAGACACUUGGUUCAUUGUAUACCAAUAGUCUGUGGAAUAAACUGCCCUUAUUUUAUGGGUAAAGGUUAAAAACUGAAUUCCCCUUGUGGGCCAUCGUAGGCGACCCCGACACAUGUGGUUCUAUGAGCAGAGACACUUUCAGGUCUGUCUCACAGAAUGAGAGACCGCAACGCAAGUUAUUUAUAACUCUAACAUGCUACAUAUGUAAGUGUGUUUCUGGUUUGUAUGUUUUCUCCCCCUUCAAAUUACAAUCCAAUAGCCUCUCAUCAUACUUAACAAUAAAAGCCCGGGCACUAUGACCUUGGGGAGUCUGCA